UCAAGAGUCAGUCUCUCCACCCUAUGCACAGGCCCUGACGGACAAAAGCGACUGUCCUCAAGGGAGACAGCAGCACACAACAGAAGACAACAGACAGAGACGGAGAGACAGACGAGACAAACAGACCCACACAGAGGCAGACAGACACACAGACAGCAUGUUUUCCACAGCUCUGACUCUCUGCACUCUUCUCAGCUGCUCUGCACUCCUCCAGUGUACAGUGUUCCUGGAUCGGCCAUCAGCAGGUCAGAUCCUCCGCUCGCCCUCAAGGAGUCGCCGAGCCAACUCCCUGCUGGAGGAGAUCUUACCUGGAGACCUGGAGAGGGAGUGUUACGAGGAGACCUGCUCACGGGAGGAAGCUGCCGAGAUCUUCCAUACCAAAGAGAAGACGUUGGAGUUCUGGUUCAAAUACACGAAUCUGAACCCUUGUCGGACCAACCCCUGUCUGAACGGAGGCAUGUGCAUGAUGGACCGAGGAAACUUCCUGUGUCUCUGUCCUCCUCAGUACCACGGCGACACCUGUGACUCAAUGGUUUUGGAGUGUCGCUAUAGAAAUGGUGGCUGUAUGCAGUACUGCAGAGACCUGCCGGGUGGAGCUGGAGUUCAGUGUGGCUGCGCUGACGGAUUCAAACUGGAGCCAGAUGGACAGAGAUGCUUCCAGAGUGUGAUGUUCCCCUGCGGCCGCCAGCAGCUGGAGCUGUUGUCCUACAGGCGUUCUCUGUGGAAUCUCUCUGAGCUGCUAAACAUCAGCGCUGACAGCAGGGAGACGAGUCUCAACUUUACAGAGACUGAUGGUGAACUGAUGACAGUGAACACAACGACGGAGAACACAGUAACUAAUGAGACGGAGGUGAGGGGGGAAGAGGGGGGAGGAGAGGAUGGGGUGACAACUCGUAUUGUGGGGGGAGACCUGGAGAAACGAGGAGGGAGUCCCUGGCAGGUCCUGGUCCACAGGCCUGAUGGUUUCGGUUUCUGUGGAGGGACUCUGGUCUCUGACCGCUGGGUCGUCACUGCUGCUCACUGCAUGGAGUCGACGGCAGAUCAUGUUACCAUAGGAGACUUAGACAAGCAGCGUGCUGACCCAGGUGAGCAGCGCAUGAAGGUUCAGAAGAUCUUUGUUCAUCCUCACUUUCACUCGUUCACCUACGACAGUGACAUCGCUCUGCUGUACCUCGACCGCCCCGUCGUCAGGGGCCCGACCGCAACCCCCGCCUGCCUCCCCGACCACCACCUGUCCAAAUACCUGCUGGAGGAAGGUAACUGCGGUGUGGUGACAGGCUGGGGUCUCACUCGCUUCCUGGGCCGGUCGUCUCGUUUCCUCAGGAAGGUGACGCUGCCGGUGGUCAGCUACAGUGACUGCAUCGCCUCCACUGAACAGGUGAUCACAGACAACAUGUUCUGUGCAGGUUACCUGGACAUCAGUAAAGACGCCUGCAGCGGGGACAGUGGAGGACCAAUGGUGGUGAAUUACAGAGGGACCUGGUUUCUGACAGGAGUUGUCAGCUGGGGGGAAAAAUGUGCCGCCAAGGGGAAGUAUGGAGUUUACACCCGGCUUGGGAACUUCCUGAGCUGGAUCAGAGACACCAUGGAGAGGGAGGACGUCAACCGGACCAGCAGCUCGGACAGAAAAGACUUUUCAUCAUCCUGAACCUGAACACAAGCAGAUAUGAUCUCAGAACAGAUGAGCUGCAACAUGGAAACUUUAACUGGCUGGUCAGGCGGGAGCGUCAGGCGAUGUCCUCACCACCAGGGGAGGGGAAGAUUUAAUUGAAUUUUAUGACAACAUCAGUCAUGUUAUAAUUUUCCUUGUCAUUCACAAAAACAUUUUUUGAUGAUUAUCACUUUAUUUAGUAUGUUAUAUAUUUCCUUAGUGAUAUUUUUGUUAUCAUUCAGUACUUUACUAUAAUAAUCUCCUCUGCUGAUCCCUAUAAUAUUGAUUAGCUUAUUUUUGGACGUUUUAUAUUUAAUUUCUGCCUCCUUAGAUCUCUGCCUUGCAAUUUCUUUGUAAAGUGUCUUUUUCUUUUUACAGGGAUUUUGUAUUCCCCUUGUAAUCCAUGGAUGAGCCUUAUACAUUGAUUUCUUCACAAUACUAAUAAAAGGCCAUGAAACACA